CACUCCGGUCCCCGGCGGGAAAAGCCCGUGGAUAGGUGUGGCAGUCGGACUUUUGAUUCAUAUCUGGAGCUUUUCCACCGCUCACCCGUCAACCUGCUUUCUCCAACAUCGCGGCUAUCAUGUCAGCUUGGCGAGCCUCCCUUGGUCGGUGUCGCCGCCCCGCUUUCCUGCUUGCCCAGAGCCAUGCUCGAGUACGACGACCCCAAUGGCGCGGAUACGCUUCGUCCCUGGAGAGCCAGCAAAAGCUUCUAUCUGAAGACCUGGAAGAUGCUGACCCAACCGUCUACAACAUCAUCGAAAAGGAGAAGAAUAGGCAGAAACACUUUGUAAACCUCAUCCCUUCGGAGAAUUUCACUUCUCAAGCAGUCCUCGACGCCCUCGGUAGCGUUAUGCAGAACAAAUACUCCGAAGGCUACCCCGGAGCUCGCUACUAUGGGGGAAACGAAUACAUCGAUCAAGCCGAGCGUCUCUGCCAACAGAGAGCUCUAAAGACAUUUGGGCUGAGCGAAGAUGAAUGGGGAGUCAAUGUGCAGCCUCUAUCUGGGUCCCCCGCAAACCUUUACGCUUAUUCCGCAGUCCUCGACACACAUGACCGGAUCCUGAGCCUUGAUCUUCCCCAUGGCGGCCACCUCUCCCAUGGCUAUCAGACUCCGACCAAGAAAAUCUCCGCCGUUUCAAAGUACUUCGAGACACUACCUUAUAGACUGGAUGAGAGAACUGGACUUAUCGAUUAUGCGAAAAUGGAGGAAUUGGCUCUGCUGUAUCGCCCCAAACUCAUCGUUGCGGGCACAUCCGCUUAUAGCCGGCUAAUCGAGUACGAACGAAUGCGGAAAAUCGCCGACCAGGUGGGAGCAUAUCUGCUAUCAGACAUGGCACAUAUCUCUGGGCUGGUAGCUGCUGGUGUCAUACCUUCCCCGUUCCCCCACUCCGAUAUCGUUACCACCACGACCCACAAGUCUCUCCGUGGCCCGCGUGGAGCCAUGAUCUUCUAUCGCAAAGGGGUCAGACGCGUGGACAAGAAGGGUGUGGAAGAGAAGUACGACUUGGAAGGGCCUAUCAAUGCUUCCGUGUUCCCUGGACAUCAAGGUGGACCUCACAAUCAUACCAUCACCGCCUUGGCCGUAGCCCUCCAGCAAGCGCAGACCACAGAAUUCAAGGCCUACCAACAGACCGUCCUCGAAAAUGCAAAGGCUCUCGCUGAGCGUCUGGGCAAUACCAAGGAGAACGGUGGUCUUGGUUACAAUCUCGUCAGCGGCGGCACGGACAAUCACCUAGUAUUGAUCGACCUGAAAGACAAGGGUGUUGACGGCGCUCGUGUCGAGCGCGUGUUAGAGCUGGUCGGAGUUGCGAGCAAUAAGAACACGGUGCCUGGAGACAAGUCCGCCAUGAAGCCCGGAGGUCUUCGGAUAGGGACGCCCGCCAUGACGACCCGCGGCUUCCAACCAGAGGACUUCCGCAGAGUGGCUGACAUUAUUCACCGGGCGGUGUGCAUUACCCAGAAGCUUGACAAGGACGCUAGAGCCCAUGCGGAGAAGACGGGGAGGAAGAACCCCGGUAGCGUUGCUGCCUUCAGAGAAUACCUCGGUGAAGGUGAUGAGGUGACUGAUAUUGUUCAGCUACGCAGGGAAGUCGAGGAUUGGGUCGGUACCUUCAGCCUUCCCUGGGAGAAGGGCUCAUGACGCUGCAAUGUGUCAUCAGGCGCGGUUGGUCUAUUCUCAUGGUGGUUCACAUGGCGUGUCCGUUGUAUUUCACUCCUCGGUUCUGUCACUAUUUCACUUCAAAAGCUUUGCAUUCAACACGGAGCUUAGGGUACAUUACGACAGUUUGGUUCUCGAAUUUUUGGUUGGGCGGUAGCAGAACAAUAGUAGCUAGAAGCAAGCAGACGG